GGCACCCGCAGUCUCAGGGCUGGCUGCGUAGGGCGUGGCUGUCAGAAGAGUGCUUCCCUGAUUUUGCCUGCAGGGUACGACUGGUGACAUCUCACAGCUCUCAGGAAAGUGACCUACUUGGGUUUUUCUGUAUGGACACAGGAUUACAAGAAAUUCUCAUUUGCAUAGAGAUGGGGAGUUUAUUUUUACUAGAAGCUGCAUGUCAAGACUGAGAAGAAAGAGGCAUUUCUUAAUAAUCAUUAAUCAACUGUAUCUGAAAAGAAAAAGAAAUCAAUUCAGGAAAUGAGAUGCUAAGGAAAUGAGGGGGAAAACAAUCUCCCCCUACAUGGACCCACCCAGUGAGCCUUGACAGUAUUUCCUUGUAUCCACCUGCAUAAAAGUGACCAGCCCUCUACAAGUGGCAAGGAACACAAAGAGCGGAGACACAGGAGAAGCCCAGGAGCACCCCGUGAGAGGUCGUCCUUCCUCAGAGGAUUUGUUCAUCAACCAUCCCAGCCCUCGUCCUUUACAGCUGCAGAGAGGUGAUCUGCUGUCACUGACAUGCAGGCACAGGGUGUUUCUCUCUGCCUCCUGGGUGUGAUGCUCUUUCUGUGCUCAGCGCAUGCCCGAGGUCUCAGGAGAUGUCUGAUUUCCAUGGACAUGCGCCGUAUGGAGGAGAGUUUCCAAGGGAUCAAAAACGCCAUUCAAGCUAAGGACACCUUCCAAAAUGUCACCAUCUUGUCCACAUCGGAGACCCUGCACAGCAUUAAGCCCUUAGAUGUGUGCUGCGUGACCAAGAACCUCCUGGCAUUUUACGUGGACAGGGUGUUCAAGGACCAUCAGGAGCUGAGCCCCCAGAUCUUGAGAAGAAUCAGCAGCAUUGCCAACUCUUUCCUCCACAUGCAGAAGAGUCUACAGCGAUGUCAGGAGCAGAGGUUGUGUCACUGCAGGCAGGAGGCCACCAAUGCAACCAGAAUCAUCCAUGACAACUACCAUCAGUUGGAGGUCCGGUCUGCUGCCAUUAAGUCUCUGGGAGAGCUGGACGUCUUGCUAGCCUGGAUUGACAAGAAUCAUCAAGGAACUUCUGCUGCCUAAAGACAAGAAAUCUAAGUUUGGGGGAUGAACAGCCCCUGAGAGGUUUCCAGUGGGAGACAGCCAACUUUGAAGGGGAGGGAGAUAGGGAAGGCUCCAUUUUUAUGCAAAUUGGGUCUUUUUGAGGAAACCUUCCUGCCCAUUUGGAAUUCUCUUCUUUGGGGCUGAGGUAUUGUAGGGGAAAAAUCUAGGUUUGAGCACAUCUUACCCUGUAGCUACAAGUCUCACUGGCUCGGCCCAAGCUGUCUGAUUCCACCUGAAAGUAUCCAAGCAGUCUACUGUCAUAUUUAUAUGAAAUAUGUCUGUCAAAAGGUCCUGUGGGCCAUCCUGUAGGGAGAGGGUGAGUUUCCCCCUAAUUUAUUGUGAACUUGUCUAUCCCGUGUCUGUGAUGUGAUCUAAGUGGUAUUCUGUAGUGCAUAUUGUACUGAUUGAUUUUUUUAAUAAACUCUGUUCUUUACCAA